AUGGCUCGUUUCGCUUGUGUGUUUGCUUUAGUUUUAAUUAGCUCGAUUAGUGUAAAUGCAGGCCGCAUAGCACGGUCACCCAAUCCUUCACCAGACCCUAAACCUCAAGGAGGUUUUGGCGGCGGAUUCGGAAGUGGUGGUGGAUUCGGUGGUGGUGGCGGCGGCGGCGGCGGUGGAUUUGGUAGUGGCGGCGGUGGAUUUGGGGGUGGCGGCGGCCGUGGAUUCGGUGGUGGCGGCGGCGGCCGUGGAUUUGGUGGUGGCUUUGAUAAUGGAUUUGGUAGGGACUGUGGACGGGGAUACUCUCACCACCACCACCACAAUCGUGGAUUCCAGGAGGGCUAUGGGGGUUAUGCGCCGGGUUACCCUGGUGGAUACCCAGGUGGAUUUGGUGGUGGAUUGCCUACAGGAAGUUUGAGUAUAUCGAAGUCCAUUAGCAUCAGUAGUGGAGGAGCAUCCCAAUCGAGUGCACAGUCAAGUGCCGCUGGAAAAUAA